AUGCAUUACUCCCUCAGCUUCACUGCCCUGCUCGCUGCAGGAGCCUCGGCCGGGACUCUUGCUCGCCGAACAUAUUCGAUCCCCAACUACAAUUCAACCUAUACCAAUCAGGCCACCAUCAAUGCUCCAACGGACUGUGGCAGCUACAUUACCUAUAAGUCCCAUCCUGCCGACAACUACGACCCUUCGCUCUGUGCCGCUGACUGCGACGCGCAGCGAGCUGAGAACCCUGAUCAUUACAAUGGCCUCACAUGCCACUUUUUCACCAGCUACCAGCUUUUGAAGAAUGGCGUGGUUCAGAACCAGAUCUGCGCCCUCUAUUCGCGAACCUGGGACUCUUCCUACGCUACCAACACCGGUUACACAUCUGGCAGCGAUACCUACACGAUCCAAAACGCUUAUUCGUGGAGCUACAGCGACCCUGGCACGUUCACCUGCCCACAGACAGGCGGCAAUCAGCCUCAGCCUCCAUCCAAUGGACCCCUGACCACUUGCCCAACACCAUCGCAAUACAUCGUCGGAGCCAACUUCAUUCUCUACAGAAUCUGCCUCGACACCGACUACCAAAUCCCUAGCCCACAAAUCACCUACGGCGACGUCGACAACCGUGCUUGCGCCAACGAGUGCUCCAAGCAACAAGGCUGCACCAAAGCAGUCUUUAAUCUUGGUACUCAGACUUGUUACCUCAAAGGCAGUCCCAGUGUCGCAGACUCCAACUGGCAGAAGAAUGCAGGUUUCCAAACCGUCGAUCGUGUUCCUGCUGAUACACCCAUGGGAUCUUCUUGCCUCGCACCAUUGUAUACGAUCAAGCAGAAUGGUGUCACGUAUACGGUUUGCCCAAGCAGUCAUUUGAAUAAUGCGCAGGUUCUGAAUAUUUGGAAGAACGUCUCGGGCGAGUAUGUUUGCGCGCAGAAGUGUCAGAGCGUGUCGAGCUGCAAGAAGUUUGUGUACGAUUGGGGAAAGCAGAUUUGCUACAAUGUUGGUAAUGUGGACUUCUCGAAGGCGGGUUGGGCAACGUUUGACAAUGUGGGAACGUAUUGGGCUCAGUAG